AAAGCCAGACAGAAAGCAAGUGUGCCACUGCGGAUCCACUGGACCCAGCAGGGCGCAUCAGCAGCAGUAGCAGCAUCAUCCUAACCCUGCAGAGUCAACAGCAGGCUGAGAUCUGACGCCCCUGUCGCCCUGCUCUCAUCAGCACCACCCAGUAACAUCCACGCUCACAGCUGCGUCAAGUCUUCGUGCGCACACCGGCUGCUUUGACGCCGUGUUGCGGGCCAGCUUCCCUCAGGAUGACUGGGAGUGACGCAGGGCGGACGCAAAACAGCAGGAGCUGGAGGGGGGAAGAGCGGGUCUGUGAGGCAGGAAGGAGCGGAGCUUUAGUUCCACAGAUGUCUGCGCUGCACACCGGACAUGACAAUCACACACAUGCGGGCAUCUUCACCGUGAGACGCGACAACGAUCAUUAGAAUCGUUCCAAUAAGAAGGGAAAUAUCAUCUGCACAUCCUCGGGGCGGAUCAGGGUGGACGCACUCCAGGUGACAUUGGUGUCGCUGUGUGUUCGUGGAGAGAGUGAAACGUGUUUUUUUCUCCACCCCUCCUCGCUGAACACCAAGUUGUGAGCCGCAUUCAGUGGGAGGAUAUUUGAAGGCCCCAAGUCUCCACCAUGAACUACCUUCGCCGUCGACUCUCGGACAGCAAUUUCAUGUCCAACCUGCCCAAUGGCUACAUGGGCGAUCUUCAGCGGCCCGACCCCGCGCAGCAAAGCCCCGCAGUGUCUCCAGGGCCGACAGAGAGGCGCCAGUCCACCAGUCAGCAGCAGCAGCAGCAGCCGCCGCCGCCGCAGCAGCAGCAGCAGUCUGCAGGUGCAGGCUCCGGCUUCUUCUCAUCCAUAUCCAAUGCUGUCAAACAGACCACAGCCGCUGCGGCUGCGACCUUAUCCGAGGCUGCGGACCGGGCAGGAGUCUCCAGCAGUGCCAAGAUCCUCCUGGUCAUCGAUGACCAGCAGACCGACUGGGUGAAGGUCUUCCGAGGAAGAAAGGUCCACGGUGAAUUUGACAUCAAGGUGGAACAGGCUGAAUUCUCUGAAAUCAACCUGGUGGCAAACGCCACUGGCUCCUACAACGUGGACAUGGACGCGAUCAGGAAUGGACACAAGGUCACGAAGUCCUUUAAGCCGGACUUUGUGCUGAUCAGACAACACGCCUUCAGCAUGGACAAGAACGGGGACCACCGGAACAUCGUGAUCGGGCUGCAGUACGCCGGACUGCCGAGCGUCAACUCUCUGCACUCCGUCUACAACUUCUGUGACAAACCGUGGGUGUUUGCUCAGAUGUCUCGAGUGUGUAAGCAGGUGGGCCCAGAGGAGUUCCCUCUGAUUGAGCAGGUUUACUAUCCAAACCACAAGGAAAUGAUCACCUCCCCUCGCUUCCCCGUUGUGAUAAAGAUGGGCCACGCUCACUCGGGAAUGGGAAAGGUGAAAGUGGACAAUCAGUACGACUUUCAGGAUAUCGCCAGCGUCGUGGCACUGACCAAGACUUACGCCACGUCGGAGCCGUUCAUCGACGCAAAAUACGACGUGCGCAUCCAGAAAAUCGGCAACAACUACAAGGCUUACAUGAGAACAUCCAUCUCUGGCAACUGGAAAACCAACACUGGCUCAUCCAUGCUGGAGCAGGUGGCCAUGUCAGACAAGUACAGAAUGUGGGUGGACUCCUGUGCGGACAUCUUUGGAGGCUUGGACAUCUGUGCCGUGGAGGCUCUGCACGGUAAAGACGGCAUGGAUUACAUCAUCGAGGUCGACGACUGCUCCAUGCCACUGAUUGGAGACCAGCAGGACGAGGACCGGGUUCAGAUCGCUGAGCUGGUCGUCAGUAAGAUGAACCAGACCGUUCAACGCACUCCCAGCUCUUCCACAGUCCGUGCCAUGGCGGGACAGCCGGCACAGAAAGCAGUGUCUCCUCAGCCUGUUUCUCAGCCCAGAGUCCCACAGGCUCAGCCACGGCCUUCACCUCAGGGUGGUCCUCAGCAAAGCCCUCCAUCUCAGCAGCGCCCGUCUCCUCAGGGCCAGCCCCCUGUACAGGCCCAGCAGUCGGCUGCCAACCCUCCCGCAGGUGAACCCAGUGCCCAGGCGAAGGGUAACCAAGGACCUGCGGCCCAACCACGGCCACAAGGUGCGGGAGCUUCUCCGGGUCAGAGACCUUCUUCUGGACAGGGCUCGCCUCAGCGGAGUCACGGAGGCUCCCCCCAAGCUCAACGGCAACAGUCCGUCGGCCAGAAACCUCCCGGCGGCCCACAGCAGAGGCCCGCCCAGCCCCCGAGGCAGCAGUCACAGGGGGGGGCGCAGCAACAGAGGGCGCCCGGGCAGCAGGGUCGUCCUGGAGGGGCCACCACCCAGCAGCCACGACCUGCUGCUCAGAGCCAGGGGCCGCCGGGAGGACGACCCCCACUGCAGCAGAAGCCUCAGCCGCCACAGAAGCCCAGUCAGGACAGCCCGGCUAUGGGCGGCUCUCCACAACUAAACAAGUCCCAGUCUCUUACCAAUACCUUCAACAUUCCAGAAACCCCAGCGCCACGAGCCAGCCUUAGCCAGGACGAGGUGAAGGCCGAAACCAUACGCAACCUACGUAAAUCUUUUGCCAGUCUCUUCUCAGACUGAGACGGCGUAAUAUGGUCCCUCCCUCUCCCUCUCCCCCGCCCCCACCUUCCUCCUCCUCCUCAAACUGACAGAAAGCUGGACAGGCAAACUGAAGGACAGACACCUUCUAC